UCCUUCUUCGUGUUUCGUUGUGUUUCGUUCACCGUUUCUACUUAAUUGUUUCUUAUUUGUGUUUAUUGUCUAAUGUUAAAAUAGUGUCUGUGUACAUCCAAAAUGCCUGUGUUUCACACGAAGAUCAUCGAGAGUAUAUUAGAACCGGUCGCUCAACAGGUCUCGCGACUGGUGAUCCUACACGAAGAGGCUGAAGAUGGUAAUGCUAUGCCGGAUCUGGCGCGGCCAGUGCAGGCCGUGUCGCUCGCUGUCAAUAAUCUUGUCAAGGUGGGCCACGAAACCAUCGAGUCUUCAGACGAUGCGAUCCUCAGACACGAUAUGCCGGGUGCCUUAAGAAGAGUGGAAGGUGCUGCCACACUUCUCCAACAGGCUUCUGAUAUGCUACGAGCCGACCCUUACUCAGGGCCCGCAAGGAAAAAGCUGAUAGAAGGUUCUAGAGGGAUCCUUCAAGGCACAUCGGCUCUUCUCCUCUGCUUCGAUGAGUCUGAGGUCAGGAAGAUCGUGAAGGAAUGCAAAAAGGUGCUAGAUUACCUCGGCGUGGCAGAAGUAAUAGAUACUAUGGAAGAUUUGGUGCAAUUCCUGAGGGACAUCUCACCGGCGCUGUCAAGAGCUGCGAGAGAGGUAGCGGCUCGCGCAGCGGAACUAACCCACCCCCCGCACGCGGAAACGUUAGCGCGGUGCCUUGAAAGCGUUAAGCAGUUGGCUCCAGUGCUCAUCUGCUCCAUGAAGAUAUACAUACACAUUCUUACUGAAGGUGGCAAAGGUAUUGAAGAGGCGGCUGAGAACAGAAACUAUCUCGCCCAAAGGAUGGCUGAUGAAAUCCAUGAAAUCAUCAGAGUUCUACAGUUGACAUCAUAUGUAGAGGAUGGUGGAGAGAAGGACAACAUUGCCGUCUUGAAGGCUCUGCAAGCCCAGAUACAUGGCAAGAUGGCUGGCGCCCACGAAUUCCUCAAUGACCCUGACGCUUUACGCAACAGCAGUGGUGAGAGAGCUCUUCGCUCUGUUCUUACUUCAGCUCAACGCGCCGCGGAACAUCUGGGGCCUACUCAUGCUGACGCUAUCCGUAGACACGUACGGUCUGGUGGCAUUAACGCUGAUCAACUGUGCGACGAGAGACAAUAUGGCCACGGAAGGGAAGCCAAGGCCUUAAACCUAGCCUCGGACCUCCGCAAUCAAAUAAACGAAGUGGACUGCAUAGUAAACGAAGGCGUCCGGGCCGCGGAGCAAGCCGGGGGGAAAACUAUGCGAGCUCGCAUGGAAACUGCGCAUAAAUGGCUCUUGCAUCCCAAUGCGGACCCGCAUACCAGGGUCGAAGGCCAGAAGGCUAUCAACAGCAUUGUGCAGCAGGGGCAGAGGAUAGCGGACGGUCUUCAAGGGCGCGAGAAAGCAGAGAUUCUUCAACUGUGCUCGGAUGUACAACGUCUAUCGGACAAGUUGGCGGACUUGUGCGCCAGCGGCCGAGGGGAUUCUGAAGAGGCCCGUGCGAUUACUAGGGAACUGACAGACAAACUGCACGCCUUGCAGCGUGGCAUGGACCGCGCGUGCGUCAACCGCGUGGUUGAGGAUUUCAUUGACGUCGCCGCGCCGCUGCGUCACUUCACUGAGGCCGUCAACGCACCCGAAGGUACUCCCAACCGCGAAGCCAACUUCCACGAUAAGGCUGCGGCUCUACAGGCGUUCAGCCAGCGGGCGGCCGCUACAGCCCACAUGGUGGCCGCUAACUCGCACCACAACAAGCGGCUAGCGGACCAGCUCGCGCACCACGCUAGAGAGGUUGAAAAGCUGUCUCCCCAACUGGUGGCAGCCGGCAAGAUCAGACUCAACUAUCCCGAGAGUAAGGUAUGCUAACAACACAUUUUCAACAAUCUGAAGAACCAGUACGCCGACUCGGUGCUUCGCGUCCGUGACUUGUGCGACCAGGCCGUCGAUCCGCUCGACUUUGUACGCACUGCUGGGGAGCUGAUGCAAAAACACACUUACCUCUGCGAGGAUGCCAUCCGUAACAACGAUUCACAGAAGAUGGUCGAUAACACUUCCGCCAUCGCGAGAUUAGCCAACCGCGUCCUUUUAGUAGGCGGCGCAGAGCGCGAAAACACAGAAGACGCGGAAUUCGCCCGCGCUCUGAACAGCGCGCACCAGCGCUUACAAGCCGCCAUCGCGCCCGCCGUGCACCGCGCUAAGGCCGUGGCCUUAGGAGACUCCUCGCAAGCACCCGCCUGGAGAUCUGCUAACUCUGAGAUAAUCAACGCCGCGUCGGCCGUGGAAUCAGCUCUAUCCCGUCACUACGCUCCACCGCCCCCACCCCCAGCCCUCCCCGAAGCCCUGUCGGCUCUGCACGUGAGCAAGCAGCACGCGCCCCCGCGCCCGCCGCCGCCGCCUAGUGGCGCGCCGCCCCCGCGCCCGCCGCCGCCCGACACGGAUGAUGAGGGAGAGGAUAUCUUCAGCCGCCAGCCGCACCCCAGCCAACCCAUCUUGGUGGCAGCCCACAACCUUCACAAGGCCGUACGCGAGUGGUCCUCCAAAGACAAUGAGAUCAUCGCCGCCGCCAAACGCAUGGCCAUUCUCAUGGCGCGCCUGUCUGAGCUCGUUCGCUCCGAUUCUAAGGGUAGCAAGCGCGAGCUGAUCGCAACGGCUAAGGCGAUCGCCGAAGCUUCUGAAGAGGUGACGAGACUGGCCAAGAAACUGGCAUUGGAGUGCACGGACAAGCGAAUUAGGACCAACCUAUUGCAAGUGUGCGAGCGUAUCCCCACCAUCGGCACCCAGCUCAAGAUUCUCUCCACUGUCAAGGCUACCAUGUUGGGAGCUCAAGGAAGCGAAGAGGAUCAGGAGGCGACGGAGAUGUUGGUCGGCAACGCGCAAAACUUGAUGCAGAGCGUGAAAGAAACGGUAAAGGCGGCUGAAGGUGCCUCAAUCAAGAUCAGAACCGAACAAGGAGGGUACAGGCUUCGCUGGGUGCGCCGUUCACCGUGGUACCAGAUCUAAAUACAUAUACGACAUGAGAAAUUAAUGCAAUACUUAUAUUGCCAGAUUAUAAAAAAUUUACUAUUAAGUUAGAUAUUGGAAUACCAUGAGCUAAAGAAAUAUACUCUAUUAAAAUGGAUACAUGUUUCGCUGGGUGCGUCGUUCACCUUGGUACCAGAUUUGAAUAUCUGAGAAACAUAACAGCGAGUUUAAAUUCUUCGCUAGGUGCGUCGAUGUAACUGUAUGCGACAAGUUAAUGCAAUACUUUUGCCACAGCGUAAAAGGUACCAAUAAGUUAGACAGAUCUUUGAAACCACAGAUAGGAAAAAAUACAAAAGCUAGGUUAUAUGCUCCGUUGGGUGCGUCGUUUAUCAUGGUACUAGAUCUGAAUGUAUGCCAGAAGUUAAUGCAAUAAUUAUUUUACCACAGCAUAAACAUGUACUAUGAUUUAGGUGGAUCUGUGGAACCACAGUCUAGCAUAGAAUCAUACACUACAAAGAUCAGAAACAAUCAGAUAAGCUACUAGCUUCCCUGGG